AAGCACAGAAACAGGUGCUUUUACCCAGUUGGUCCAUGCCAACCAAGAUGCUCGAUUUGGACCAUAUCCCUCUAAACCUUUCCUAUUCAUAUACCUGUCCAAGUGCCUUUUAAUUUUUAAAGUACCUGUCUUAAUCACUUCUUCUGCAGCUCAUUCUGUAUAUGGACCAUCCUCUGGGUGAAAAUGUUGCCCCUCAGUUUCUUAUUAAACCUCUGUCCUCGAACUUGUGCCCUCUAGCUCUUCAUUACUCAACCCUGGGGAAAAAGCUGUGUAUUCAUGUUAUCUAUAUCCCUCAGUAUGUUAUACACUUUGAUAUGCUGUCUGUUUCACUGAGACAGUGAGAAGUGUAGACAAAUUCCAUGGAGGGGAGGCUGGUUUCUGUGAUGUGUUGAGCUGUGUCCACAACUCUCCCCAGUUUUUUUUGCAGUCACGGGCAAAGCAGUUGCCAUACCAAGCUGGAUAGGGUGCUUUCUAUGGUGCAUCUGUAAAAGUUGGUGAGGGUUAACUGGGCUGAAUUUCCGUAGCCUUCUGAGGAACUAAAGGCACUGCUGCAUUUUCUUGGUUGUGGCAUCUACAGGACAGGCUGUUGGUGAGAACUUGAAGCUCCCAACCUUCUCCAGUUCAGCCUUUCUGGUUACUGGUGACCUCUUUUAUGACACAGUAGCAUAGUGGUUAGCACAACACUUUACAGAAGCAGCAACCCAGGUUCAAUUCCUGAUGUUGGCUGUGAGGAGUUUGUAUGUUUUCCCCGUGAUCACAUGGGUUUCCUCCGGGUGCUUUGGUUUCCAAAGACGUACCGAUUGGAAGCGAAACUCUCUGGCUCUGUCGGCUGUGUAAGUCCAGGGAAGACAACCUCUGGUCCCGCCAAACAUGUGAGCCCACCCUGAAGCCCCCUGUUUGUGUGGAUGCUGCAUGAUUUCUUACCUUGUUACAUAUCAGUACCACAAAACAACAGACAGUACACCACAUACAAUUAACCGAUUUAGCUUUAUAAUCCUUAAUUUGACUAAAGGGUUAGUAAAGAAAAAGCAAAAAAAAAGAGAAGGGCCCAUUUUAAUGAAACAGUCUAAUGUGUGCACAUUACUCUGCAUCUAAUGUGUGUAAAUUGUCCCCUGAUUAGGCUGGGGCUAGCUUGGGGGUUGCUGGGCAGUGCAGCUUGAAGGGCCUAUUCCAUGCUGUGUUUCAUUACAAUACAAUACAGGCAGUUCCCGAGUUACGAAUGUCCAACUUACAAACAACUCAUACUUACAAACAGAGGGAGAAGAACGCCGUCUGCCAUUUUAAGUUGUUGCCGUUAACAAUGUGUUGAGUGUGUAACUUUGUAUUUGGGUUAAAUAUUUCUUAGCAGGAUUCACCCUGACCCCCCUCCCCUUUACCAGUCAGCACCACCCCUACUUGUCCCAUUUAACCUGGUUCAGUGCGAGUGGAAUUCAGGACCAGGGGAAGCAGAGGACCCGCUGCCCGCGGCUGCUGCUGAAUCUGCAGUUUUCUGUUCCCUUGACGGAAAAUGAUCACGAUUGAAAAUGAACUGGAAAUAAUAAAGCAAUCGGAAAGAGAUGAAAUGCCAUCAGUCAUUAGGCUACAGUCAGUAAAAAGCAUGAAAAGCGUUAGGCUACAGUCGAUCAACGACAAAGCGAUUUUAAAGGAUACAAGUAAAGGAUAAAGUGAGAAUAAUGGAGCAUGUGAAAGGCCCUGCCCCGAUGAAAGCUACAGUUAUUACUAAGCAACGCAGUGGUUUAAUUAUUGAAAUACGUACGUUUCUUAAGUGUCUAUAUGCAUAGAAAGAUAAAAUAUAUACUAAGACAAAUGUUUGACUAACUGAUGCUAAAUAAUACUGGAUGUACCUGUUCUGACUUUGGUACAAAUCUGACUUAAAGACGGACCCAGGAACAGAACUUGUUCGUAACCCGGGGACUGCCUGUACAUGACAAUAGAGACUCGACCUUGCAAUCUACCUUGCCAUGGCCCUUGCACAUUAUUGUCUGGCAGUAUUUUCUCUGUAACUGUAACAUUCUGCAUUCUGUGAAAAACAAUCAGACAAUACUGAGCAAAAGUCUUAGGCACAGAUAUAUAGCUAGGGUUCCUAAGACUUUUGCAAAAUACUGUAUUUGUCAAUGUGGAGCAAGAGCGAGUUUGUAAGUCUGGCAGAAGCAUAGGAUGGGUGGAGUCCCACUGGUAGGGUGUGGGACUGGUAGCAGAGAAGGAAUGCCAGGGGCUGGAGGUGGUGCUGGUGCAGACACACCCAGCCCUGAGACACCAGGCAAGUUCAUUUGAUUCCAACAAUUGGUUUCUUGAUCACGACAGAAUGUCUGUUUGGUGCUUCCCACUCUCAGACCACAAUGGAGACCCAUAUCAGAAUCAGGUUUAUCAUCACUCACAUAUGUCAUGAAAUUUGCUUUUUUUGUGGCAGCAGUACAGUGCGAUAUAUAAAAUUACUACAGUACUGGGCAAAAAUCUUAGGCACCCUAGCUAAAUAUAUGUGCCUAAGGCUUUUGCAUAGGACUGUAUGUUGUGAAAUUUGUUUGCAGCAGCAGUACAGUGCAAUAUAAAAAAAUACAGGUGUCCCUGUUUUUCAAACGUUCGCUUUACGACACCUCGCUGUUAUGAAAGACCUACGUUAGUUACCUGGUUUCACUAACGGAAGGUGUUUUCACUGUUACGAGAAAGGCAGCACGCAAAAAAAGGCAGCACGCGGGAAAGGCAGCUCGCAAAGAAAGGCAGCACGCGGGAAAGGCAGCUCGCAAAGAAAGGCAGCACGCGGGAAAGGCAGUGCGUGCAAAAAGGCAGCGCGCGGGAAAGGCAGUACGUGCAAAAAGGCAGCGCGCGAGAAAGGCAGCGCGCGCAUAAAGGCAACGCACGAGAAAGGCAGCACGCGCAUAAAGGCAGCGCGCGAGAAAGGCAGCUCACGCAUAAAGGCAAUGCGCGAGAAAGGCAGCGCGCGCAUAAAGGCAACGCGCGCAAAAAGGCAACAAGUGCAAAAAGGCAGCACGCGUAAAAGGUUGCGCGCCCCGAACAGCCAAGCUCCUCCCCGGAACUGCAUUCUAGCCACCAUUGCUUAACACGCGUGCCUAUGAGCAUCUGUGCUUUAUGUCGAUUUAUUUUGUGCAUCCGUUAGCAAGAUGAGUUCUAAGGUAUCGGAAAAGCAUAAAAGAGCGCGUAAGGGUGUUACACUUAGCGUUAAACUAGACAUAAUUAAGCAUUUCGAUCGUGGUGAACGAAGUAAGUACAAAGUGAGUUUGGCUUGUGGAAGUUGACGAAGAUGAUGUUGAAGAGGUUUUGACAUCCCAUAACCAAGAACUUACAGAUGAAGAGGAAAGGAUAACAAUGGAAACCGAAUGCAGUAGUGAAAGUUAAGUCGACCAGGAACUGAACAUAAAGCAACUACGUGAGAUUUUUUCUGCGAUUGACAACACUACAAUGAUUGCAGAAGAGUAGGACUUUAAUUUUGAAAGGGUACGUAGCUUUAGGGCAUAUUUGCAGGAUGGCUUGAGUGCUUACGAAGAACUGUAUGAUAGAAAAAUGCGCAAGGCUAAGCAGCCAAGCAUACUAUUGCUUUUCAAGCCUUCCACAUCAGCCACAGCAGACGACAAAACUCAACCUUCAAUAUCGAGGCAGGCAGACAUGGAAGGUGACCUGCCUGCCCAGACGACGAUGAGAUGACACCCCAGUCUCCCACCACCCCAACCUCCGACAACUCAGCCUAACACACCAUCAGUGUGCUCACUGUCUUCCCAAUUCCGACCAAGACCACAGUGAGGAGAUAAACGCUUUGACCGAGGAAGUGGCAAAUGAUUACAUGCAACAGCACUCUAAUUCGAAUCAGGACUCCCAGCCCUCACCCCUGGCCUUGCUGGCCGCCACUUGCAGCCGACUAGAACCACCCUCGGAGGGAGGGGUGGAGGCCGGUGAUACCGAGGCCGGGGUGGGGUCCCCAGCAGAGCCGGAUGCCCCCCGCCCUACACCCCAGCUCGACCUCAGCACUGCCCAGAUCACCCAGACCGCCAAUGGCUGGCAGAUGAUCAUCCCCACCAUGGCCCAAGCCAUUGAGCAGACCCCCAAGGAGGAGUGUGGAGAGGAGGAGAGGAUUGGCGAGGGAGAUGAAGGCGACCCUGGGGGAAGACCAUCUGAAGGCAAGAAUGGCCUCUACCUUCUGCCCCAACAGCUGCUGGGUCCUCCGUCCUCCUCCCACCUACAGUACCAGCUGGCGGCGAACCCCUCCGCCACCUCACCACUCCCUCCCUCCUCAUCUUCCUCUGUCUCCUCUCGACCCCCCGUCUCACUCCCAGCCACCUCAGCUGGGCUUCUGGCUGCCUUGCCUGCUCUCCAGAUCCGCCCGGGGACUGCAGCUGGAGUGGGAGGUGGAGUGGCAGGCGGAGGAGGCCCCUUCCUGGCCAACCUCCCCAUCAACCUCAACGGCAAUGUAGCCCUGGUCCCCGUUGGGAGCCUGACAGCUCACCAGACACCAUCCCAGAUGUCUGCAAUUCAACUCGACACAGAUGGAGGGGGGGUAGGUGGAGGCGGGGCGGCUUCCCCAUCGCAUGGGGAGCAACAGCAGCCGCCUCAAGCGUCCCCCCAGAUCCUCUUGCAGCCACAGAUCAUCCAGGGGCAGCCCUUCCAUGCUCAGCACCUGCCGCAGGAGGCCCUUCAGGGCCUACAGCUCCAGGCUGUCUCCGGCUCAGCUGGACCCCUCAUCCUCCGGGCCCCCACCCUCUCCCUACCAGGGCAGUUGGGCUGCUGGCAGGCCAUUCAGUUGCAGGCCCCUCAACAGCAGCAGCCGGGAGCCGUGGGAGGGAUGGGGAGCCAGGCCAUCACCAUCCAGGGCCUCCCCUUGGCCCAGAGUCUGGGAGUAGCAGGGGUGGGUGGCUCCAUUGUUGCCACUGUAUCCUCCUCUUCUCCCUCCUGCUCCUCUCCCUCCUCUUCCUCAGCUGCAGUGGCAGCGCCAGCAACACUGACAGUCAGUGCUGCCCAGAUCUCAAGCCUGCCGGGUCUGCAGACCAUUAACCUCAGCGCGCUGGGAGCUUCUGGAAUCCAGGUGCAUCAGCUCCAGGGCAUUCCGGUCACCAUUGCUGGAGCUGCAGAUCACACGUCACAUUUGAACAUUAAUCCUGCCAGUGGGGAUUCCAUUGAGGAUGGGACACAGAUGGAUGAAGGGGAGGCCAGCCCAGAGCCUGGCCGCAGGCUGAGAAGGGAAGCCUGUACCUGCCCCAAUUGCAAGGAGUCAGAAGGGAGGGGCUCAGGAGACCCCGGCCGCAAGAAGCAGCACAUCUGUCACAUUGUGGGCUGUGGCAAGGUGUACGGCAAGACCUCGCAUCUGCGAGCCCACCUGCGGUGGCACACCGGCGAGAGGCCCUUUGUCUGCAACUGGCUCUUCUGUGGCAAGAGGUUCACCCGGUCCGAUGAGCUGCAGCGGCACAAACGCACGCACACAGGUGAGAAGAAGUUUGCCUGCACCCAGUGUCCCAAGCGCUUCAUGCGGAGUGACCACCUCUCCAAGCACAUAAAGACUCAUCAGAACAAGAAAGGUGGCGGCGGCGGAGGUGCAGCAGUGGUGGUGGGUGCUCCCGGCUCCACAGAUGGAGCCUCCCUACCUCCCCUGGGCACCCCUCUCAUUUCGGCCACCGGCAUGGUGGUAGAGACGGUCUCUCCGGAUGGGAUCACCCGGCUGGUGGGGGCACCAGCCACUGGAGGUGCAGGGGGGGGAGGUGGAAGAGGAGGAGGUGUUGGCGGAGGGGCUCCCUCUGCCCAGCCUGGGGCUCGCAGUAUCAGCGUCAUGCAGGUAUCAGACCUCCAGACCAUCAAUAUCAGUGGGAAUGGCUACUGAGUGCACAGCGGGGUGCAGGGGUUGACUGGGGGAGCUGUGUUUUGGCAGUCAGGCCCUACAAAGUAGGGAGUGGUUUUGUGGGGGUUAGGAGGCCUGUAGCCGCACACUCUGAUGCUCUCCCUCCCUCUGAUUCCUCUGAUUCUCUUGUCUCCUUCACACACAUUCAUAUUCUCUCUUUCUCUCUCCUUCUCAGCUUCUCUCUCCUCUCACUCCUCUCUUUCCACUCCCCUCUCUCCUUCACUUUCCCUCUCUAAUCUGUCCCGUCCCUCCACCCCACCUGUUUUCUCUCCAACUCCUUCACCCUCUUGUACAGUUCCGACCUGCAGCAGGGGCUGAGGGGGAGCAACCUCACUGCUUGUGGUGGUCGUAGAAGCUGGGGGUGAAAUUUACUAAACUCAUGGCAGACCAGCUGAGCAAACUUGCUCCUGCAGAGAGAAGCCUUACUGCUGAAAGCUCACAGCCUUCCCUCUGUUUUUACUUUCAAAUGAUAAAUGAGAUCUCUUGAGAUGAUGCUUAAGAUAAUCUGUUUAUUUAAAUAAGGGCAGAUGCUUUUGCGCUUUUUGUAUACUCUGCGUACUAAACUUAAAGAUUGGCUUUUAAACAAUAAUUAAAAUGAUUCACCUCCAUUAGGGAGGGUCGAUUGAGGCCACUUAAGGAAGUUGGGAGGAGACAGGGGAGAGAAGGAGAUGCUGGAGAGCAAUGAAAAGAUGGGGGAGAGAGGGGAGUAUGUGUGAGGAAGAGAGAAGGGGGAAUGUGUGAGGGAAAAGUCGGAGAGUGUGUGUAUGGGUGGGGGGAAUGUACGUGAGAGAGAUUCGAUGUGGAGGGAGACUGCAUCCCUUGGCGUUUGGGCAAGGGUGAGUCACAAACCAAGACCUCACCCCUCCACAGCAGUCCACAGCCACCCCCCACCUGAGAUGUGGGUUAGCUGCCCUUCUAAAUCUUCCUGUCAUGUAUGCUGCCAGUCUUACGGAAUCAUGUUGCAUUAAUUGUGUAAUAGCAAAGGUGGGGGUAUGGGUGGCAUUUUCCAACCCCUGUCCCUUCCUGCCAUUAAGGUGGCAGUCAGCUGGUUCUGUUUUAAUCCUAUGUUUUUAAAAGGCAUGCAAAGAGGGGAGAACAAAAGAACAGAUUAUCUUGGGUCUAUUUUGUACAGCCUGGGGAAGGGGGAAAUCAGCGGCGAUGAGGGCUAGACACCUGCCUUCAGUUUGAUGGAAGAGAUUUAUUUUUGCUGUUUUUUAGUAAAAAAUGUUAGAAAAAUAUAUAUAUAUUAAAAAAAGGAAACUAUUUGUAAUUUUUCUCUGCGGCACAGAGCGGGAUCUGGGGGCAGGGAGACAGCUUCUGAUGUCCAUGGAAGAACUGUGCGCAGGAAUCUGUGUGCAUCAUUGAGGGUGGAUAAGUGUACAGCCAUUAUUAAUCAUGUAAAUAUAUAUAUAUUUUUAAAAUCAUGAUGAAUUCCUUUUUCUUUCCCUCCCAUGAACCUACAGGUGAAGAGACCACACUUUUUCACUCCCUUCCCAAACCCAGAAAUGGGGAGGGUCCGCCCUCUUCUCAGAGCCCUGUGUCAGUCCCCAAACUAAUUCCACUGCCCUGCUCUCUCCCCACAGUCCUGUAUAAAUCCCCAAACUAAUCCCACUGUCCUGUGCCAGUCUCCAAACUAAUCCCACUGGCCUGCACUCUCCCCACAGCCCUGCGUCAUUCCCCAAACUAAUCUCACUGUCCCACACAUUCUCCACACCUGCGUCAAUCCCCAAACUAAUCCUACUGCCGUGCUCUCUCCCCACAGCUCUGUGUCAGUUCCUAAACUAAACCCACUGGCCUGCACUCUCCCCACAGUCCCACGUCAUUGCCCAAACUUAUCUCACUAUCCUGUGUCAGUCCCCAAACUAAUCUCACUGCCCCACUCUCUACCCACAGUCCCACGUCAGUCCCCAAACUAAUCCCACUGCCCUGCUCUCUCUCCCCACAGCCCUGCAUCAUUCCCCAAACUUAUCUCACUAUCCUGUGUCAGUCCCCAAACUAAUUCCACUGCCCUGCUCUCUCCCCACAGCCCUGUGUCAUUCCCCAAGCUAAUCCCACUGUCCCAUGUCAGUCCCCAAACUAAUCCCACUGCCCUGCUCUCUCCCCACAGCCCUGUGUCAUUCCCCAAGCUAAUCCCACUGUCCCAUGUCAGUCCCCAAACUAAUCCCACUGUCCUGUGUCAGUCCCCAAACUAAUCCCACUGCCCUGCUCUCUCCCCACAGCCCUGUGUCAUUCCCCAAACUCAUCCCACUGUCCCGUGUCAGUCCCCAAACUAAUCCCACUGCCCUGCUCUCUCCCCACAGCCCUGUCAUUCCCCAAGCUAAUCCCACUGUCCCGUGUCAGUCCCCAAACUAAUCCCACUGCCCUGCUCUCUCCCCACAGCCCUGUGUCAUUCCCCAAACUCAUCCCACUGUCCCAUGUCAGUCCCCAAACUAAUCCCACUGCCCUGCUCUCUCCCCACAGCCCUGUGUCAUUCCCCAAACUAAUCCCACUGUCCCGUGUCAGUCCCCAAACUAAUCCCACUGUCCCGUGUCAGUCCCCAAACUAAUCCCACUGCCCUGCUCUCUCCCCACAGCCCUGUGUCAUUCCCCAAACUAAUCCCACAGCCCUGUGUCAUUCCCCAAACUAAUCCCACUGUCCCGUGUCAGUCCCCAAACUAAUCCCACUGUCCCGUGUCAGUCCCCAAACUAAUCCCACUGCCCUGCUCUCUCCCCACAGCCCUGUGUCAUUCCCCAAACUCAUCCCACUGUCCUGUGUCAGUCCCCAAACUAAUCCCACUGCCCUGCUCUCUCCCCACAGCCCUGUAUCAUUCCCCAAACUCAUCCCACUGUCCCAUGUCAGUCCCCAAACUAAUCCCACUGCCCUGCUCUCUCCCCACAGCCCUGUGUCAUUCCCCAAACUAAUCCCACUGUCCUGUGUCAUUCCCCAAACGAAUCCCACUGUCCUGUGUUAGUCUCCAAACUAAUCCCACUGUCCUGCACUCUCCCCACAGCCCUGCGUCAUUCCCCAAACUAAUCUCACUAUCCUGUGUCAGUCCCCAAACUAAUCCCACUGCCCUGCUCUCUCCCCACAGCCCUGUGUCAUUCCCCAAGCUAAUCCCACUGUCCCAUGUCAGUCCCCAAACUAAUCCCACUGUUCCGUGUCAGUCCCCAAACUAAUCCCAGUGCCCUGCUCUCUCCCCACAGCCCUGUGUCAUUCCCCAAGCUAAUCCCACUGGCCUGCACUCUCCCCACAGCCCUGCGUCAUUCCCCAAACUAAUCUCACUAUCCUGUGUCAGUCCCCAAACUAAUCCCACUGCCCUGCUCUCUCCCCACAGCCCUGUGUCAUUCCCCAAGCUAAUCCCACUGUCCCAUGUCAGUCCCCAAACUAAUCCCACUGCCCUGCUCUCUCCCCACAGCCCUGUGUCAUUCCCCAAGCUAAUCCCACUGUCCCAUGUCAGUCCCCAAACUAAUCCCACUGUCCCGUGUCAGUCCCCAAACUAAUCCCAGUGCCCUGCUCUCUCCCCACAGCCCUGUGUCAUUCCCCAAGCUAAUCCCACUGUCCCGUGUCAGUCCCCAAACUAAUCCCACUGCCCUGCUCUCUCCCCACAGCCCUGUGUCAUUCCCCAAACUAAUCCCACUGUCCUGUGUCAUUCCCCAAACUAAUCCCACUGUCCUGUGUUAGUCUCCAAACUAAUCCCACUGGCCUGCACUCUCCCCACAGCCCUGCGUCAUUCCCCAAACUAAUCUCACUAUCCUGUGUCAGUCCCCAAACUAAUCCCACUGCCCUGCUCUCUCCCCACAGCCCUGUGUCAUUCCCCAAGCUAAUCCCACUGUCCCAUGUCAGUCCCCAAACUAAUCCCACUGUCCCGUGUCAGUCCCCAAACUAAUCCCACUGCCCUGCUGUCUCCCCACAGCCCUGUGUCAUUCCCCAAACUCAUCCCACUGUCCCGUGUCAGUCCCCAAACUAAUCCCACUGCCCUGCUCUCUCCCCACAGCCCUGUGGCAUUCCCCAAGCUAAUCCCACUGUUCCAUGUCAGUCCCCAAACUAAUCCCACUGUCCCGUGUCAGUCCCCAAACUAAUCCCACUGCCCUGCUGUCUCCCCACAGCCCUGUGUCAUUCCCCAAACUCAUCCCACUGUCCCGUGUCAGUCCCCAAACUAAUCCCACUGCCCUGCUCUCUCCCCACAGCCCUGUGUCAUUCCCCAAACUCAUCCCACUGUCCCGUGUCAGUCCCCAAACUAAUCCCACUGCCCUGCUCUCUCCCCACAGCCCUGUGUCAUUCCCCAAACUCAUCCCACUGUCCCGUGUCAGUCCCCAAACUAAUCCCACUGCCCUGCUCUCUCCCCACAGCCCUGUGUCAUUCCCCAAACUAAUCCCACUGUCCUGUGUUAGUCUCCAAACUUAUCCCACUGGCCUGCACUCUCCCCACAGCCCUGCAUCAUUCCCCAAACUCAUCUCACUAUCCUGUGUCAGUCCCCAAUCUCAUCCCACUGCCCUGCUCUCCCACACCCGUCAGUCCCUGAACUAAUCCCACUGCUCCGCGCUCUCCCCACAGCCCCAUGUCAUUCCCCAAACUAGUCUCACUGCCCUGUGUCAGUCCUCAAACUAAUCCCACUGCCCUGCUGUCUCCCUAGAGACCCUCAUACUCUUCUCUUCCCCUCCCCCCUAUGUAUCACAUCCCUAAGCCACCUUAGUAAGUGUAUAUCUCUUUUAGUGUAUAAUUCAUUGUUUUACUUUUCAAUUUCUUUUUUAAAAUCUAUAUGACUAUGUAAUAAUGUUGAAAAAGUCUUUGUUUUUCUUUUUUUGUAUAAAGUCUGGUUUGACCCUAGAUCUGUAGUAUCCAUAUUACCAGCGAUUAAAGUGAAAAUUUUUAAUAAAACACUCUA